GCCAAUCAUCUUGCUUCAUAUUCGCAGGGAGCUGACAGACCUGUGACUUUCACCGUUCCCAUGUCUGUGUCAACUGUAUAAAUAUCUAAAGAUGAACAUCAUACGGUCGUCUGUUUCCCGACUGUGUGGACUACGCAAUUCCACCAGCUUCCUUGCAGGGAACCUUGCAGUAACUGGCAACUCUCACCUUAGAUUGUUCAGCAACUGGAUUGUGCCCCGAGCAGCUGCAGGACCUCAGAUUUCCAGAUGUGGGCCACUUUCUUCACAAGCUGAGGGUUCAGGCGUGUUCAGGCAGCUUCCGUGGCAAUACCAGCAGGUGCGGACAAGGAAGAGAGGCACAGAGUAUCAGCCCAAGAACAUCAAGCGCAAGAGGACCCACGGCUGGAUCAAGAGGAUGAGCUCACAAGGUGGCAUCGAGGUGAUUCUGCGCCGCAUGUUAAAGGGACGGAAAUCACUCUCGCACUGAAGGACCUUGAUGGAAAAGACUUUCAGAAAGCAGACAUUGGUUCAGAAAUGCUGCCAUUGCUCAGCAAACGUUGUGUAUUGGGUUAACUGGUGAUACUGGGUGUGGGUUGGGUUGGCUUUCCUGCAUUAUUAGUGGGCGGGAGGGGGAAAACGGGCCUUCAACAACAUUUGCCUUGAGCAAAAAGAAGCCUUGUAGUUUCACCCAGUUAUUCUUUAUCCAUAAAGUUUUGUUCAUAUCAUUAUUAAAUGUUGUCAGAAGUC